GAUACCCAAGAGCGCGCACAGGCGCGCGCGCGCACAGACUUGCGCGCACCGGGACUCGCAGCCGGGUCCCUCCUUGAGUCACGCUCUCCCUCCCCUCCCGGGGAUGGGGAGCCGGGCGCUCGGCGCGGAGCCCGACGUCUGGAUGUGAAUUAUUAAAAAGAAAAUGGCCCAACAGAGCCCAGCAUUUCCUUCUCUUGUCACUGAAGAAAGAUAUAAUAUAAGGAAAAUAUGCAUCAAAGGCGGGUUCGAACCAUGCCCCGCCACAGCCAGUCUCUGAGCAUGGCCCCCUACUCCUCUGUGAGCCUGGUGGAGCAGCUGGAGGACCGCAUCCUCUGCCACGAGAAGACCACGGCCGCGCUGGUGGAGCAUGCCUUCCGCAUCAAGGACGACAUUGUUAACAGCUUGCAGAAGAUGCAGAACAAAGGGGGUGGGGACCGGCUGGCCAGGCUGUUCCUGGAGGAGCACAUCCGGAACAUAACUGCCAUCGUGAAGCAGCUGAACAGAGACAUCGAGGUCCUGCAGGAGCAGAUCCGUGCCAGGGACAACAUCAGCUAUGGGACGAACUCUGCUCUGAAGACCCUGGAGAUGCGGCAGCUGUCAGGCCUGGGUGACCUGCGGGGCAGAGUGGCGAGAUGUGAUGCCAGCAUAGCCAGACUGUCUGCAGAGCACAAGUCGACCUACGAGGGGCUGCAGCACUUGAACAAAGAACAGCAGGCUGCCAAGCUGGUCCUGGAAACGAAAAUCAAAGACGCAGAAGGCCAGAUUUCCCAGCUGCUGAGCAGAGUGGAUUUGUCCAUCUCGGAGCAGAGCACCAAGCUGAAGAUGUCCCACAGGGACAGCAACCACCAGCUGCAGCUCCUAGACACUAAAUUUAAAGGUACUGUCGAGGAGCUCAGCAACCAGAUUCUUUCUGCCCGGAGCUGGCUGCAGCAGGAACAGGAGCGGAUAGAAAAAGAACUUUUGCAGAGGAUUGACCAGCUCUCCGUGGCGCUCAAGGCAAACAGUGCAGCCAGUGAGAGGGACGCGGAGAUGCUCGGCCAGUUGUCAGCCCGACUGGACAAGCUAGAGGACACCCAGAGGAGGAGCCCAGAAGGUGCCAGGACCAAGCAGGAGGAGGACAGGGUGCACGGGCGGAUCACCAAGCUGGAGCUCCAGAUGCAGGAAGGCUUGCAGGAAAUGAAAGCGGAAGUCAACGCCGGGUUCACUGCCAUCUACGAGAGCAUCUCCUCCCUCAGGCAGGUGCUCGAGGCCAAGAUGAAGCUGGACAGGGACCAGCUGCAGAAGCAGAUCCAGCAGAUGCAGAGGCCAGAGGCUCCCCUGUGACCGGGCCGCCACCAGAGGGAUGCUCGGAGGUGUCGCCUCGGGCCUGGGCCCCGGCUCCUGAGGCCGGGCCAGCGCUGUGCUGCUUCCUGUGUGUGCAGGAAGCGGUCUCCACGGCCUGGACAUUUACCUUCGUGUCCAACACACUCUUUCUGCAGUGUAUUCAAUCCAGUUUUUAUUUCACUGCUCUAAAUUCAGUGGACGCCCCACCCCCACCCUGGGAAAGGCUUUGGUCCUCAUUUUAUGAAUGAAAAGACUUAAUUUUUUUUCAAUGCUUGAUGCUCUGACCAAGACUAUUUAAUAUUUUGAAAAAUGUCGUGGUGAGUUUUUUAAAAAAUUAAGAAAGCAAGCCAGGCGUGGUGGCACACGCCUGUAAUCCCUGCACUCGGGAGGCUGAGGCAGGAGGAUCCCUGCAAAUUCAAGGCCAGUCUGGGCUACAAAGUGAGCUGAACUAUAUAGGGGAGACCCUGUCUCAGACAAACAAAACAAAAACAAAAAACAAGCAAACAAACAAAAAAAAAUGAGUUGUCACAGAAAUGUGUCACUGAAAUUUCUCAAUCAAGACUGUACCGAUAAAUUGGAAUUCAACCUUUGAGUCUACAUCCGGGGUUUAUUACUGUUCUCCGUGUUUCUUUAUAUUGCCUGUCUUCCUGUCAAUCUUCUGUCUUUUCUAAGGGGGAGAGAUUUAACAAUAGGGAAAAAAAACCCUGCCAUUUCUAUAAUGAAAAUAGAUUUACAACUGAUAACUGCCAUAUAGAUUGGAAAUGAAAAUGGAAAUUUCAAACAUUCUGGGUACUACAAGGCACAAUAUUUACAGCCACCUAGAUGUACCAGGUUUUAAUAUGUAAAGCUAUUUUUUAAUUAGCCACAACUUGUAUAGUGAUAGCCAUAUAUUUACUGAUGGAACGGUGGUUAACUGUUUGUUGAUGCACAAUUAAUUACUCAUUAAUCAUGAUGGGAUGUGAGAAUUUUCCAGACUUUAUGACCUCUCUAAAUGUUUCCAAAAUUGGCACCCAGUGCCAGGGUUUAUAUACAUUUAUUGUAACUGUAUUCUUGUGCCUUGGUCUAAUCACAUCCGUGCACUGUACCCUAUAAAAUCUUUGCUGACAAGAGAAUAAUAAUAAUUAAUAAUAACUCAGAAUUAUGCUGUCAAAAUGGGAUCCUAUGUAUUUUUUAAAUGUUCUGAAAACUUGACUGCUGUUAAGAUAUGAAUCAUUCUGUGUUACUAUAAUGGAAUAGAAAUUGAUACUUUUGUAUGGACAAAGAAACCAAUUGCACUUGUAACGCUGUCCUUGCUUUCCUCUCGGGCCACUCUGCGGGGAUUUUCAGCCUCCACGAUUUUCAGGCACUGUGGUCUCUGGUCACCUGUGCAAACCUAGUGCGACCCAACGCGCGGAGGUGUGAGGGCGCCCGGCAACGGGGACAGGCGUACUUCAAAGGGUUCUGUUUUUUUUCUUAACGCUUUUACUUUUUGUUGUGGUUCCAUUUGCCAAGGACUCAGGACAAUAAAAGCAUUUUCUAUUUUUAGUCUAAACCACAAAUGAAA